AUGGGGAGAGCAACCACCCAGAUUGAUCCUAGCGAACUACAGGAACUUUUUCAGGAGACUUCAGCCAACGUCUUCCGAAUUAACUCCAAUGUGACCUCCUUGGAAAGAAGCCUUAGAUCUCUGGGGACCUCAAAUGAUACUCAAGAGCUACAGGAUGGACUGCACGCAACACAGCAAGAGACUAAUAAAACCAUCACGACUAGCACCAAAGCCAUCAAGCAGCUGUCUGAGGUUGUCAGAGGCUCAUCCAGGCAAGAGCGACUUCAGCUGGACAGGUUGAAGAACCAGCUGUCUGAUGCCAUCCAGCGAUAUGGGGCUGUACAGAAGAAAAUAGCAGAGAAAUCCAAAGCUUUACUUCCUACUGCGCAGAGAAGUAGCAAACAGAGUCCUAGGACCCCCUUUUCUGACCUCCCUGAUGACGAGAAGAUCUUUAACGGAGGAGAUGGAAUGUGGCAGAACCAGAGCCAGGAUCAAGCCUUGCUCUCGGAAAUCACGGAAGAGGAUCUGGAGGCCAUCCGUCAGCGGGAAGAGGCCAUUCAGCAAAUUGAGAGCGACAUGCUGGAUGUGAACCAGAUCAUUAAAGACCUGGCCUCCAUGGUGCACGAGCAAGGAGACACAAUAGACAGUAUUGAAGCCAACAUUGAGACUGCAUCUUCUAAUGUAGAAUCAGCCAAUGAGCAGUUGGCAAAAGCCAGUCAGCACCAACAACGAGCCAGGAAGAUGAAGUGCUGCCUUCUCGCUGUCGCUUUGACCGUUCUGCUGUUUGUUGUCAUAAUCAUCGCAGUCUCAGUCAAACACUGAUCUGGCUACGGUUUCCGCAGAGCCCCUGAUCACCCCAGGAAGUGGGAUGGAUCCUCAAGGCAUUUCACAUUCAGGCCCUACGUCAGUGUCUGCUUUCCUGAUUAUGUUGUGUUAAAACUACUAUAACCAAGAAACACUGCACUUGUAUGAAAGAAAGGUUAAGUUUUAUACCAUGUAUUAGCAUAAUUGUGAAUAAGUUUUCCCUUUUAUUUCCUUCAUUGAAGACAUACCGUGUUUGACCUUGCGUUAUGGAUUUUAAAAGAAUCCCUUGUGUGUCCAGGGAAUGUUAUUUCUUUGCCUCCAAACUUGAUAUUUUGUGUGCUGUAAAAUAUGUAACUGUUAAUUCAUCUUUCUUGUUUGUGUUUUUAACAUGCUUCUGAUUUCUACUUUUGUUCAUUUUAAACCAUGCAAGUUAAUCAUCUGUUUCGUUUAAUUCUUUUUUACUGUUUUUUGGUAAGUUUUAGACAUCUUCCAGCUCAGAUUCUCAUACUGUGCACUGCUGCUUUAAAAUUUGCUCUGCCAGAUCAGAAUUAAGCCAUUUCAUAAUUACAUAUGCCAUCUGCAAACAGAUCAGUUAGGUGCUUAGCUGAUCAUGGGAUCAUGCUCAGAAUAACACAUUUAUUUUUGAGAAACAGUAGUGAACAAAUAGGACAAAUGAGCAUUAAGAUAUAAUAUUAUCCUUUUUUUUCAAAAAGUAAAAGAUAUUUGAUCUGGUUGAAAAAAUCAGGAAAAGUGUGUCAUAAAAAAUAUCAAUUUUUUUAUUUGUUUCCGUUCCAUACAUUUCAAUGAAGCCAGCACCUGGGAUUUUGUUCCAUUUUCCCUCACAAUAUUUUCUACUGAAAACAUGAUUGAAAAUGCCAUUUAAAUCCAUCUUUAAAUGUGUCAUGUACUAUAAAUGCAGUUUUCCUCCAGUAAAUAAAACAUUUCAAAAAUGAUUUUAAUUAAAAUGUCAUAGGAAGUAUUGAAGAGAACUUCACAAAGUGCUAUGUUGUCAAUUCUUCGUAAAAAGUUACAUCUUUUGGCCAAAAUGUGUCUCACUAGAAGAACAAAAAUGAACAAGCAAAAAAACAGAACAACACCUAGCUCUAUAUGACAUGUAUUUUUGGUUACCAUGAAGGUUUAGAAAAGACUAAAAAUGUCAAACUAGAUUUUCACCUGCUGCACUGAUUUCAGUUAUGCUACUCCUUUUCAAAAAGCGGACAGUCUUUCAUCAGUUCAGUUUGAGCACAGAAAAUACUCCAUAUAUUACCCUAUUACUCCAUAUAAUACCCCAUUCAGGGUCAAAACUGUAAAACUUCAUAAAUCAGUACAAUUAUUUUGGAUGAAGAAACAAAAGUCAGAUCUUCAGCUGGUUUAUUUCUAAAUACAGUAGGUGAAGUCUAUGCAACUAAACCAUUAUGGGUAAAAUGCAAUAGCUGCUAUUAAAGAAAGGCAAUUAAUGGAAUGCUACUUUUCCAAGUAAAUUUAAUACUGGAAUGAAGUUAAAAAUGAUGAUACCUACUGCUUUACUGAAACAGAGCACUACGUUUAUUGCCAGCGCAAACUGCAAUAUGAUACUAUCAGCA